AAGCCAUACUACGACAAACACAACAAUGGAGCGAAUAAUCCUAGCCGUUCUUCUGACAGUGAUUGUAAGCUGCUCAGCCAGGCCCAAGGAGCAAAUAGUUGGUGGAAGUAAUGCACAGCAAUGUGAGUUUCCACACAUGGUUUUUGUUGAUAUUAAAACGAAAGAUAGCGGCUCAUUAUGUGGCGGUACUUUAAUAUCAGAUAAAUGGGUCUUAACAGCUGCUCAUUGCGUGAAGGCUGAUGUGGUUAAAAUUGAAGCCAACUUAGGAUCAACGCACAAAUUUAAUGCUUCAAAAGUCAUUAAAGUCAAGCAAUGGAUCCCCCAUCCUAAAUUUAGAAGGACAAAUACGCUUAUUAAUGAUAUUGCACUUUUGGAACUGGAAGAAAAAGUACCCUUCACCAAAUGCAUUGCUUCACUGGAUCUCCCUAAUAAAGGCGAUACCUUUGAUGGUACUUGUAUCGCAGUUGGAUGGGGUAAAACUGAAAAAGAAGGAAUUUUACCAGACCACCUUCAGAAAACCAGGAUUAAUGUAAUGCCAACAAGCCAAUGCCAAAAAACUGCACCUGGGAUUUCUGCUCAACAACACAUCUGUGUUGGGGAUAAUACACCCAUGGGAAAAAAUGUUUGCGGUGGAGAUUCUGGCGGUGGUCUUGUCUGCCGAAGAAAAUCCGAUAAUGUCUACGUUGUUGCUGGUGUUGCUUCCUACGUUCUUGAUUGCAAUAAAGGUCUUGGAAUCUAUGCCAACGCUGCCAGUUUCGUUGACUAUAUCAAGGGAUACGUAAACUUGUAAUUUUUCCGAAAUAUGAUGAUUUUUUCUAUAAAUAAUGAAAAGUA